AUGAAUCUCUCACUACUGGCCUUCGUUCGGCUCACCUUUCUGGCUCGUUUGGCUCGUAAUGACGACCAGCUAAUGACCUUUGGCAGUGGUAUUGAAAUCGAUCGUAUCGUUCGGGGAGCUAAUGAGGUGGCAGGUUCGAUUGUUGCCGUAACUACCUCUGAGAAGUGCUUGGGCAGCAAAGAACAUCGUUUUGUUGGAAUUUGUAUUCGUAGAGAGAAAGAAGGCCUUCAUCAUCAAUUCACUCUGAGAAAUGUAGUGGAAGGAAUCGGUGUUGAAGUAAUGUAUGACUUGUAUAAUCCAACAAUAAGAAAAAUCGAAACGCUUAAGUUGGAAAAGCGUUUGGACAACGAUCUCAGCUAUUUGGUUGAUGCAUUGCCUGAAUAUAGCACGUUCGACUUCCAUAUGGAACCAAUUACCCACCCAGCUGGUAACCCCCGUACCCGUGAAUCCGCUCAAGGUAUCUGCUUUGUUCUUUUCUAA